GGGGCGGGGCGGUGCUGCGGCAGCCCGAUACCGGGGGAGGCUGGCGCUGCUGCCGCUGGGGAGAAGGGAUCCUCGCUGACGUCAAGCCACCAGAAUGAUCGCUCGUUCAUAUCCGGGUCCCCGGGCGGCUUCCCCCGGCCGCGCUCGGCCGCACUCGGCCGCCGCGCAGUGAGGGGGAGGCGGGCAGGGCUGGGCGGCCGCCCGCCCGCCUGGAGGUGGCUGGCGGCGGCGAGGCGGUGUGCACAGAAUGCCCGCCACCUCAGUGGAGCCCGCCUACUGCCGCUGCUGCCCAUGGAGAUCGCGCUGGUGACUCUGGAGAACGGCGGUGCCGGGGCCAUCUCGGCCAGCGAGGAUGCCGCGGCCGGCAGUGCCGGCGGUAGCACAAGGGUUCGGCUACGGUGCGAGCUACUGCACACCGCGGGGUCCACGUCUGCGCCGAGACUGAGCGACGGCAAGGAGGGUACCCCACCGGCCUCACCGCCGCCGCAAGUCGACGAGGAGAGGGAGAGGCCCCCGCCGGCCCCCCGGGGAGGCGGCGGGAGGCGCCGCAGCAGCAGUGAGAGCAGCACAAACGGCCGGGCGGCGUCGGGACCCCAACCGCAACCACAAGCCCCACGCCCCGGGCGGGCCGCGGAAAUGGAUCCCCCGGAGGAAGGGGGUCACCGUCGGGGUAUGGCCAUGGCAGCGGCUGGUGAGGAGGAGGAGAUGAAGGUAGCAAGCCGGGGCGCCAUGCACCAUCAGCGGGUGCUGAUCAACAUCUCUGGGCUGCGCUUCGAGACCCAGCUGGGGACCCUCAACCAGUUUCCUGACACACUACUGGGAGAUCCUGAUAAGCGUAUGCGGUACUUUGACCCCCUCCGUAAUGAAUACUUCUUUGACCGCAACCGGCCCAGCUUUGAUGGCAUCCUCUACUUCUACCAGUCUGGGGGCAAGCUCCGCCGGCCUGUCAAUGUCUCCAUCGAUGUCUUUGCUGAUGAGAUCCGUUUCUACCAGCUGGGCAAGGAGGCCAUGGAGCGCUUCCGGGAGGAUGAGGGCUUCAUCAAAGAGGAGGAGAAGCCCCUGCCCCACAGUGAGUUUCAGCGCCAGGUCUGGCUCAUCUUUGAGUACCCUGAGAGCUCCAGCUCAGCCCGGGCUAUUGCCAUUGUCUCUGUGUUGGUGAUCCUUAUCUCCAUCAUCACCUUCUGCCUGGAGACCCUGCCUGAAUUCAGGGAUGAACGAGAGAUACCUGUGUCCCUGCCCCCACAGAGCGGAGGUUUGAACGCCACAGCUGGAGACGCCCCACCCAUGCAGCCACCCAGUAGCCUCUCUGACCCCUUCUUCAUCAUUGAGACCACUUGUGUCAUCUGGUUCACCUUUGAGCUCCUUGUACGUUUCUUCACCUGCCCUAGCAAGCCUGAGUUCUCCCGCAACAUCAUGAACAUCAUUGACAUCGUGGCCAUUAUCCCCUACUUCAUCACCCUGGGCACAGAAUUGGCCCAUGAGCAACAUCAGCCUGGGGGUAGCAGCAGCAAUGGGAGUGGGGGCCAGCAACAAGCCAUGUCCUUGGCCAUCCUCAGAGUCAUCCGCUUGGUCAGAGUUUUCAGGAUCUUCAAGCUCUCCAGGCACUCCAAGGGGCUGCAGAUCUUGGGACAGACUUUGAAAGCCAGCAUGAGGGAACUGGGCCUUCUCAUCUUCUUUCUCUUCAUUGGGGUGAUCCUUUUCUCCAGUGCUGUCUACUUUGCUGAAGCUGAUGACCCUGAGUCUCAUUUCUCCAGCAUCCCUGAUGCUUUCUGGUGGGCAGUGGUGACUAUGACCACUGUGGGUUAUGGGGACAUGCGACCUGUUACUGUGGGGGGCAAGAUCGUGGGCUCCUUGUGUGCCAUUGCUGGUGUGCUCACCAUUGCCCUGCCUGUCCCUGUUAUUGUGUCCAACUUCAACUACUUCUACCACCGAGAGACUGACCAUGAAGAGCAAAUUAUGCUCAAAGAAGAACACAGUAGUGCGCAGGGCAGCGCAACUGGGGUAGAUGGAAAGAGAAGAUCCAGUAAAAACUCUCUGAACAAAUCUGUUGUGCACUUGGAAAAUAAUGAAGGGUUCAACAACAGCACCAGCCCUUUAGAGAAAACCAAUAUUAAAGCUAAAAGUAAUGUUGAUCUCAGAAAAUCACUAUAUGCUCUCUGUCUGGACACCAGCAGGGAAACAGACCUGUAAGAAAAGGAGAGAACUAUAGUUAAGAGAUGCAGCAGAAUUUGCUGGUGUCAGAAACUUACUGCUAUUUCUAUUCUUUUCCUACCAGUUUUAUUUUUUUUUUCUUAAUCAGGCUAUAUUUUAUAAUUUGAUCACAGUCCUGAGCAGUUCUGCAGGAAUACAUGCUUUUUUGUUCUUUUUCCAUGACACAAAGGGUCACCUGUUUUUAAAAUAGAUUAAGAAGAGGUAAAAUAUGUUCUGUGAUGCAGCUGGUAAAUUAUGAAAAUGCAAAAUCUAAUUUGUAGAUUUAUUAGCAAAUGAUGGUUGGUUUGAAAUGAUCAUUUGUAACCAAUUCAUUUUCUCCAAAUUAUUAAAGAGCUGGGGGAUGUGUGUAUGUAGAAUGAAUGAAUUUUGGGGUGGGAGGGAACAAUGAGGGGGUUUUGUACUGCAGUUUCAAACUGAAAAUAUUCCAGUAUAUUUUGUAGCUGUAUAACUUUAUUUAUGGGUGAAAGGGAAUUUCUUAUUCCUGAGAAAUACCACUUCAUUAAAGCACUUGGAAUGUUGGCAGAUCAGCACUUCUAGAGUUUUCCACUUGUGUUCACUACAGAUCUGGUUGUCUAGUAUGUAAAGUGAAUUUGGUGCUUUUAACCCCAGUGCAGAAAUUUUUUAUUGUCGAUAAUAUGUUAGUUCCUCGUGAGCCUUAAAUUAUUAAAUACUGUAGAUAUGCUUCUUUAUAAAUAGUUUUAUUAAUCACCUUACAGUUUCAUAAUUUCUAAAUAUUUGGUCUUGUGCUUGCUGUCCUCCCCAGAAAAAAUACAUAUAUUACAGUUUUAUAGUUUUGUUUUUGAGACUAAAAUAAAACAAAACAAACAAACAAACAAACAA